AUGCGCGAUGCUCCGAUCAAACACCUCGAUGUUCUGUCAGAAGCAUCGGUGAUCUCACUUUCCCUUCGUCUCAACAAUGAACACCAGAACGCUCAGCCAUCACCAGAUGUCAUGAGUUCGCUGCUUGGUAUGAAUCAACGGAUCAUUUCUGAGUCAGAUGAGAUCAACCUCUUGAGUCAGCUUUGUAGAUCAGGCAUCUGGGAGCAAAUGUUGUUACAACGG